AUUUCAAUAUCGAUUUUUUCGAUUUCUUACCUGUGGCCACUACUUUCAUUUUCAAAAAUCAGCUUGCCGGUUACCCGGUUCGCAAUACAUGUAGCCAAUCAAUUUUGCGAAUACCAAAUAAAUGGAUACAAAAAGCAGUACCAACUAGACGUACAUAUGUUGGAUACUGCAAAUAAUUUAUUAAGUUUAGUGAAUUAUAAAACAUUAAAACUAUAAUAUAUCUUAAAUGGGUGGCGCUAGAGCUCGUGGACGUGGGCGAGGCCGAGGACGUGGUAGAGGCAAGAAGAAAGAGACACUUGAUGGCGCUGGCGCAACUCUAGCUACCACCAGUGCAUUGGAGGAUACAGAAAGCUCGAAUCAACUGCCAGAUGCCGUUGAAGAUGUGACUAUGCAAGAUGUUGGUAAGGAGAAUGAUGCUGAAUUACAAACACAGCAGCCUGCACAAACACCAAGCGAAGAAGUGCCAACGACAAUAGUGACGGUUGCGGUGGCACCACCAGCUAUUAUAGCUAGUGGAGUUGAAGAGUCAAUACAGCAACCAACAGUUUUGCCGCAAACUAUUGACAUGGAAGCCGAUAUCUCACAACUGGAAGCGCCCACAUUCACCACCAUUUCACGCGGACCUCCCGAGCCUAUGUUGCGACUCAAGUGGGAUCACAAAGUGAAUUUGAUUGGCGAAAAAGUACUAAAUCCCAUGAUACAUUGUUGUGAUCAGUGCGACAAACCCAUUUUAUUGUACGGCCGCAUGAUACCCUGCAAGCACGUAUUCUGUUUGAAAUGUGCGCGUUCAGAACCCGUCAAAAUUUGUCCGCGCUGCAAUGAUAAAGUGCUCCGUGUAGAGCAAUCUGGUUUGGGUACAGUUUUUAUGUGUACACAUGGCGGCAGCCGUUAUGGCAAUACCGGCUGCCGACGCACUUACCUUUCGCAGCGUGAUCUACAAGCACACAUUAACCAUAGGCAUAUUACUCAACUGCCGGUGUUGUCACAGCCACAGCCACAAAUAACGGCUGGUGCCAUAAGUGGAGGUGGUAGUGAAUUGAAGUCGUCCGAUGUGAAUAUGGAAGCUGUAUUCAAGAGCGUUAGCGGCAAUGUACAACGAAAACUUUCCGAGUCGUCCGCUACUGCAACUACCAUACAAACGCCAUCUGCUUUGCUAACACAACGACGCGCUACUACCAUCGGCAAUAUACCGCCACCAGGUUCUGUUAGUUCCACAUCUACACAAGGUUCAACUCACUCGUCGCAUUCCUCGCUAACGCAAGCCAAUAUCGCACGUAUUAAUACGGCCAAUGAACAAAAUUGCCAUCAAGGCAAAGUGGCGCUACAUCAAACGCUGAAGAAGACCCCAAUAACACAAUCGCAUCAUCAACCACCUGAAAGUGUGGCCGACGCGUCUUAUUAUAGCAGCGUACUAAAUUCAUUUGGCAGCAACGAUGUGGUGGAACAAACUACCGGUGGUAGUGGCAAUAUAACUUCGACUUCACAACCCGGUGGCACAACAACGCAAAGUGCAUGGCAAUCAAAUCAGUACUAUAGAUGAAUGGCAAAUUUGAAAAGCGCGAAAUGAAGUUGAAGCUGACGGUGGAUCAUCGCCUUAGUUGUAGUGUAAGAAUUAUAAAUUAAAACGCUAGGUAAUCGCCGUCAUAUUGGAUAUGGCAAUCUUUUCCUAUUGAUAUAAUAUUUUGAAAGCUGUAAAGAAACACAUUAGAGCGUCCACUGGCACUUCAUCUCACACCUUCCACGCUCUAAUUUCAUAUAUUUAAGAUAAAACUGGUUGAUAAAAAAACUUGCAUACUUCAAAGACUAAAUAAAUUUCAGCAAUAACUUUAA